GCAAUGCGAGAUUGAGACCGGGUAGCGGGUAUGUGACAUAUCCUGCGGACUGAGCGAGAGUUGCUACAGCUGUUGGAGGAGGGAAAAAAAAUAUCUGUUGACAGUUUUUGGGUUGUUUCUGAUAGCAAGGGAAGACAGAAAGAGUGGCGUUGAGAAUGGGUCAACUGCAGCAUCUCUGUGCCCUAGGAAUCUUCCUGAUUUCGACAAUACCGAAUUUCGGUAAGUUAUUUUAUUUGAAAGUCUAAUUUUUUUUUUUUAAAUCGUCCAUUAAUAUUUUAUACAAUAAGAUCAUAUGUUUUACAAUGUCACCAAGACAUGGUAGGUGUAGGACCCUGCGUGCUCGUUCAUGACGGAAAAAAGGGGACAUACAAAGAGAUGGUGCAUUGUAUGUGUUUGACAUAUUACUUUUUUUGCGAUAUAUGUUAAUGUUGUGUUUAGUUGUGUACACCCCAAGAAAGUAAUGAGGUGAAUUUAGCCUAAAGCCACAGCACGACGACCACUACGGUAUCCUCGCCCCCCCCCCCCCCCCCCCCCGUUUUUGUGGGGGGGGGCCCCCCCCAACUCCGUUCUUUGAGUGGUGGGCCUUUUUUUUUUUUUGAUUUCGUACAGUCUGGGACACACAGCAUCCAUUGUCAACAACAGAUUGUCCGGGUACUUAAAAAACAAUCCGGAUAAUAUAUUAAAACAAUACGUUAAUGAAAGAAAAAUCCGUUUUUCAAAUAAAACAUUGUGGGUUUGUUUUAAAAAGUAAAAGAUUUGAUCCCAAACAUCAAAUAAAUCUCAGCUUCUUCUUUGUUUGUUGGUUUGUUUUUGCAUUGAAAUCGCAUUUAAUCUGACUCCAGAAACCAUCGUGAUGAUCUUCUCUUCCCAUUACCUUCGUACAUAUCUGGAUCCAGAUAACCGAACUUCCAAUAACCGAUCUCCGGAUAGUCGAAUUGUUUGUGCUGCGCAAAACCAGGAUAGAAUGUCGAGAGAGUAGUCUACCCCUCCUAAAAAGAAAGAUCUUUUAGAAGUAUUUUCAUAAGCUCACAUGUUUAGGCUAUUUAGCAGUGUCUGUAACAAAGUUUAAGCAGUGUUUGUAACAAAGUUUUAGCAGUGUUUGUAACAAAGUUUUAGCAGUGUUCGUAACAAAGUUUUAGCAGUGUUUGUAACAAAGUUUUAGCAGUGUUUGUAACAAAGUUUUAGCAGUGUUUGUAACAAAGUUUUAGCAGUGUUUGUAGCAAAGUUUUAGCAGUGUUUGUAACAAAGUUUUAGCAGUGUUUGUAACAAAGUUUUUGCAGUGUUCGUAACAAAGUUUUAGCAGUGUUUGUAACAAAGUUUUAGCAGUGUUUGUAACAAAGUUUUAGCAGUGUUUGUAACAAAGUUUUAGCAGUGUUUGUAACAAAGUUUUAGCAGUGUUUGUAACAAAGUUUUAGCAGUGUUCGUAACAAAGUUUUAGCAGUGUUUGUAACAAAGUUUUAGCAGUGUUUGCAACAAAGUUUUAGCAGUGUUUAGAAGUAUUUUCAUAAGCUCACAUGUUUAGGCUAUUUAGCAGUGUCUGUAACAAAGUUUAAGCAGUGUUUGUAACAAAGUUUUAGCAGUGUUUGUAACAAAGUUUUAGCAGUGUUCGUAACAAAGUGUUAGCAGUGUUUGUAACAAAGUGUUAGCAGUGUUUGUAACAAAGUUUUAGCAGUGUUUGUAACAAAGUUUUAGCAGUGUUUGUAGCAAAGUUUUAGCAGUGUUUGUACCAAAGUUUUAGCAGUGUUUGUAACAAAGUUUUUGCAGUGUUUGUAACAAAGUUUUAGCAGUGUUUGUAACAAAGUUUUAGCAGUGUUUGUAACAAAGUUUUAGCAGUGUUUGUAACAAAGUUUUAGCAGUGUUUGUAACAAACUUUUAGCAGUGUUUGUAACAAAGUUUUAGCAGUGUUUGUAACAAAGUUUUAGCAGUGUUCGUAACAAAGUUUUAGCAGUGUUUGUAACAAAGUUUUAGCAGUGUUUGCAACAAAGUUUUAGCAGUGUUUGUAACAAAGUUUUAGCAGUGUUCGUAACAAAGUUUCAGCAGUGUUUGUAACAAGGUUUUAGCAGUGUUUGUAACAAAGUUUUAGCAGUGUUUGUAACAAAGUUUUAGCAGUGUUUGUAACAAAGUUUUAGCAAACUGUCCCUAUCACCAAAAGUUAUUUUUACACAGGUCACCAAAAUGUGACUUGUCACCCAAAGCUACUGUUGUACUGGUCACUCAAAGUUACUAUUGUACUGGUCACCCAAAGUUACUGUUGUACUGGUCACUCAAAGCUACUAUUGUACCGGUCACCACACUGUUACUGUUGUAUCAGUCUUCCAAAGUUACUGCUGUACCAGUUACAAAAAGCUAGUUUAGUUGCAUUGGUUACCAAACGUUACAGUUUAAUCGCUGUAGCUAAUUUUUUUUUUAACGGGAAAAGAGUUAACUUGUAAUAUUCUGUUUUCUCCAGUAUCUGGCCACACCACGCCCUGUAACCAAGGCAACGACACGGCGUGCCUGGUGGGCGUCAGGAAUGAGUUUGUCCGGGACGACUUCUGGUUUGGAUCGGGCUAUUCCAGUAAAUGCCCCAAUGGACCAAGUAAGAUGCUGCUCACUUAAUCAGUUGUGCCUGAUCUGCAUCAUGUGAACCCCCCCCCCCAAACCACAACAUCAUUCAAAAGAAAAAAAAAACAUACUUACACUGCAUUACGACUAUAAGGAUUUAUCUCUCUUCAUUUGCUUAAAACUAGAUAAACUGCAUUGAUUUAACACAAAAAACACACACACAAUUUUUUUAUACCGUAUUUGGAAGAGAUUUAAAUGAAUGGUAACGCCAAGGCCAAAGCAACUAGUUUUAAACGUAUACUUGCUCAUUAUGUACAAUUAUUAGUAAAGCUUAACUUAUAUUUUUAUAUUGACACACAUUGUUCGUGUCUAAUUAAUCCACUAGUUUUAAGGCAUUUUGGCCAGCUGAUAGGUUACAAUCUCUCUCUCUCUCUCCAGCUCUAUUCUCUUUCUGUCUCAGUUUCUCUCUCUCUCUCCAGCUCUAUUCUCUUUCUGUCUCAGUCUCUCUCUCUCUCUCUCUCUCUCUCUUAAAUUCUCUCUCUGUCUGCUCACUGUCACUAUGUCUCUCUCUUUCUCUAUUCAUGGGCGGAUUAUUAUGUAUGGGAUGUCAACGCCAUCUAGUGGUACGGUUAUCUCACGGCGACAUUGGCAGAUCAGGAGAUUAUUUUUGUUCCCCAUAUUUUAAUUACACUGAUAUUUACCUUUUCAGACAAGCUCGACUUCUACUGUUUCAACCCGGAUGUCGGCAACACCAACAUCUCAUCGCGGAUGCUGAGACGCAGCGACUUCAACACGUCAAUGAUUGAGCAGUUCCUCAGGAUUCGCUAUAACGCUCCGGCAGGUGGGGCUCAUGUUCAAAUUUUAAAAUAGAUUUAAAAAAAAAUAUUAAAACUAAAACUAUUUCAUCACAAAUGACUGAUAUCAUCUCGAUAAAAAUUCUGAAAUCCUUUGAUAACGCACGGCACACCUAAGGCCUUUCCAUAAUUCCGCGACACACCCAAGGCCUUUCCACUAUUUCACGGCACACGGAAGGCCUUUCCAUAAUUCCGCGGCACACCCAAGGCCUUUCCAUAAUUCCGCGGCACACCCAAGGCCUCUCCAUAAUUCCGCGGCACACCCAAGGCCUCUCCAUAACUCCGCGGCACUUGAUAACGCACGGCCCACCUAAGGCCUUUCCAUAAUCCCGCGACACACCCAAGGCCUUUCCACUAUCUCACGGCACACGGAAGGCCUUUCCAUAAUUCCGCGGCACACCCAAGGCCUUUCCAUAAUUCCGCGGCACACCCAAGGCCUUUCCAUAAUUCCGCGGCACACCCAAGGCCUUUCCAUAAUUCCGCGGCACACCCAAGGCCUUUCCACUAUUCCGCGGCACAUGGAAGGCCUUUCCAUAAUUCCGCGGCACACCACAAGUAAAAACAUAAUGAACCAUUGAAGUUGAGAUUUCAAACGUAAAAACUGACACUAGCCAGUACAACUAAUAAAGAACAUAAUUCAGUUGAGAGUGAUCAUGCUGUGUGGUGCCAAAAGGUAUCAGAUUACACACUGUAAUUGCUCCAUGCCACAUUAGCUGUCCGUACCCAACACACUUCAGUUUCACAGUGCUCUGUUGCUUGGGAUUAAGCUAACGUACAAGUCCCUGUUGUAGAAAGACGAGUGUAUCGUAUGUACACGCCAACUUAUGCUCUGGGCAUUUUUACGCGACACACACAGCAUCAUCGUGUGGCACGCGUAGAAUCUUCUCGCGGCACGCGUAGCAUCAUGUCACGGCACGCAUGGCAUCCUCUUGCGGCACACACGGCUUCAUCUCGCGGCACACGCAGAAUCCUCUCGCGGCACACACAGCAUCAUGAUAAAAUAGUGAUACAAUAAUUAUACAAUAAUGAUACACAAUGAUACACAAUGACACAAUACUGAUGCACGAUCAUACCACAAUGAUAUAAUUAUGAUACAAAAUAAUGAUACAAUAUAAUGAUACUAUAUAAUGAUACAAUGCUCUUGUUUUGAAUGACCAGGCUCCUACGUGGCGUGCGGACACAAGUUUGACGUUCCGGCGUUCACCAUGUCCAUUGACCUGGACAACACGCACACCAUCUACACGGACAUGUGGACACUGAGCCACCGGCCGAGCAUCACCUUCGCGAACGUGCCGGGUCAGCUGUACACCGUGGUGGCCUACGACUCGGGGUACCUGAGGCUGAGGGGGCUGUGGGUCAACAUCAACACGGGGGACUCCGCCUCUGGGACUGUGAGUACUUGGGAUGUUUGUUGGAAAUUAGAGUUUGGGUGGGGGGCACUGAGUACCUGGCGUGUUUGUUGGAAGUUAGAGUUCGUGGAGCAGUGAGCACCCGGCGUGCUUGUUGGAAGUUUGAGAUGUUUGUUGGAAGUUAGAGUUAGAGGGACAUUGAGUACCUCGAAAGUUUGUUUAAAGUUAGAGUUUGGGGGACAGUGUGUACCUGUGGUGUUUGUUGGAAGCUAGAGAUUCGGGGGAAAGUGAAUGUCUGGGAUGUUUGUUGGAAGUUAGAGUUCCGGGAAAAUUGAGUACCUGGGAUAUUUGUUUAAAGUUAUAGUUAGGGGAACAUUAAGUACCUUGGAUGUUUGUUGGAAGUUUGGGAUGUUUGUUGGAAGUCAGAGAUAAGGGGACAAUGAGUACCUGGGAUUUUUCUCUUGGAAGUUAGAGUUAGGGGGACUGUGAGUACCUGGGAUGUUUUUUGAAGUUAGAGUUAGGGAAGUAACUCGAAUGUUUGUUGGAAAUUAGAGUUUGGGGGACAGUGAGAACCUGGGAGGUUUUUGGAAUUUAGAGGGAAAGUGAGUACGUCUAACUUUGUUGAAAGUUAGAUAUAGGUGUACUGUGAGUACUUGGGAUGUUUGUUGGAAGUUAGAAUGAGGGGGACUGAUAGUACCUUGGAUGUUUGUUGGAAGUUUGGGAUGUUUGCUAGAAGUUAGAGUUUUGGGGACAAGGAGUACCUGGGACUUUUCUUGAAAGUUAGAGUUAGGGGGACAAUGAGUAUAUGUGAUGUUUGUUGGAAGUUAGAGUUGGGUUGAGGGGCAUUGAAUGCCUGGGAUAUUUUCUGAAAAUUAAAAGUAGCAGGUUUUUGGUAACACGAGAUUCUCGUUGGAAAUUAAAAUUAGCAGUACAUUGAGUUCUGGGAUGUUCGUUGAAAAUUAGAAAUAGAUGAAAUGAGUAAAUCAAAGUAAGGUUAAACCUGAAAAAGAAACACAACACAACAAUGAAUGUGUCGCCAGGAAGCCUUCGUCAGCGAACAAACAACAGAAAAAAACAAAAGGAAAAAAAAUAGCACUUAUCUGAAAAUUAGUAUCCGACAGGGCAGUAAAAGAAUUGUCUUCUUAGAAAUUAGAAUUAGUAGUACAGUGGGUCUGCAGCUUUGGCGGCAGUGCGUUUGAGGGAUGUGAGGCUUGUAAACCUUGAGUGUAUUUGAGGACAUUUGAAGUCAUAGAGUUUUGGAAUUCGAGCAUCUCGCAGUUCAAACAUAUUGCACUGAUAUUUAUCCACAAAAGAAGCCAGAGACGUAAUUCAUGUGGUUCCAGCUUUGUGCUCCACGGCAUUUUAGUUACACCAGUCAGAACGCCCGACUAUCCAGGAUUUCAUAACUCCCUUUUUUCAGUGCAUGCCAACACGUUAGUGUGCUGUAUCUGCUCUCUGGUUUCAUCAACUCUAAAAUGUCCACGCAGGAAUUGUACCCCCACAAGGGACCCCUGAGCCCCAUGUAUGAUAAAAGAAACACCCUGGUGUACGCCCUCUUCAGACAAAACGGCACAAUCUCCAACACGGCCGACGUGGCCACCAAGAUUGUCCAGACUAUUGUGGACGCUGGCGGUGUCUACUACCUGGACAAGUUCAUCUCGGACAAUAGCCUGGAUGGUAUGUUUUCACGGUCCUCAAAUAAAAUUACUGCUUAAAAAAAACAGCCUGUGUGACAGACUCGCAAGCUCAUUGAGUCCUGUCGUCAGCCAAUGGCAAUCAUUAAUUUUGUAAACAAAUUUUACUUUGAUGAUUAAAAAUUAAAAUUGAUUAAAUGUAUGUUUAGAGGUGUUUCUUUCCUUUACGUUCAAACCUAAAUUAUUGUAUAUUUAACCAAACAAAUAUGUCAGUUUAAAAUUAAACAAAUAUUCAAAAUAUUUUCACUAAUUACCGAAACCUGAGAAAAAAAUUAGUGGGGGAAAAAGUCUUAAUAUACAAUUAAUAAUAUUUUUUAACAAUAGUUAGUUAUUCCUUUAUGGUUUUUAAAAUAAAAGUCAUUAUUACUUUAAUUCUCUGCUAAAAUCGUAGUUACACAAGUAAACAGUCUUGAUUUAAAUGAAAAGCUUCUGUUUUAAUGCUCACGAAAACCAUUUUUAUCUUUACGCUGAAAGGUCCGGUGGGGAUCGGCUAUUUGGCGGUUACAACGGACGCCUAUGGCAUCCAGCACUUCCUGGACAGAAACAUGUACAACAACUGCCCGUAUCUGGUGGCCAAGGACAAAGGUAAUGUUGUCAUUCAGUAGACCAUAGACUUGACCGCAAUGACGUGCUGCUCCAGUCUGAGCAUGAGGACUAAAUGAAUGGAAUAAUUAUAUUUGCCCUGGGCCUGGGCCCCCUCAAUUGACACGGAGCUACGUCGGCACAUUGAAUAACUUGCAGUGUUUAUAUACGCGUCUUGCGUACCAAUAUGUCUUGUGUACCAUUACGUCCUUGUGUACCAAUGCGUAUCCAGGAUACAAAAUUAGCAAGACUUUCCGUUUAAAUCAAAGAAUAUUUCUGGAAUAUUUUCCACUGCGAAGUAAUACUAGUAAUACAACAUACUUUAUAGUUGUAAGUUUGAGAGGAGGUGUGGGUGGGGGGGGGAAUGUUGACAUUUUGUUACUGUCCCGGCUCUCCAUCCACAGAGGUGCUGACUGCGCUGGUUGCCAUGGGCUACUCUCUGACACCCAGCAACAGUUGGACGGACUACAGGGGCACAUUCCUCACGGGCCUCGAGAUGGACGUCAAGGUGACCUACCACAGUCCGGAGGCUCACUUCGAUUCAUGCUGCAAGCAUAACAUGGAAGAGUGAGUUAAAAUAAUGCUAUACUGGCGCUGCAUUGUAAACAAGAACAUUGAAAUCGGUCAUUUUAUUUCAGACCAAAAUUUUGUUAUUGUAUUCAUUCCAAACGUUUUUUUAAAGAUGGAAACAGGGUAAUGGAAAAGUUGGGGUGGUUGGGUGGGGGGAGGGGGGAACACUUCAAAACCACGUACGUGUCGGCAAGAAGCCUUCUUCAGCGAAAUAAAAACAGAAACACCAAUGCAAAAUAAAAAUAAACACUUAACUGCAAUGUAGUAUCCAAGAGCACAUUUUAUUUUCUAUUAUUUGUACUGCUGUUUGACUGAGGAAGGAGGCAUCUUGCCGAUAAGUUCGUUGUUUUAUAGCGUCCUUUUUUCGGGGUUUCCCAUACUUUGUUUUGCUCAUUUCCUUUUACCUAACCUGAUUGCAGUCUCUCCCCUUAUUACCCUUUAAAAAUAAUAAAUUAUUAGGUUAAGUAAUUGAAACUAACGCUGUCUUGAAACGUAAGUGAAAACUUAGGCAAAAUAAUUUUUAACAAUGGGAAACAUUUGAUCAAGUGCUUAGCUAUUGGAUGUCGUUUCAAAAAUGUAAAAACCAUUCUGCUGUUUUCAGUAUGGUGGAGGUAAGGGUCGACCCCCUUGCUGAAAACCCUAUCAUGCCCCUCCACACACGGAGUGCCCCCUAUGUCCAGCUGCUGCCCAUGGAGAUGAGGAUUGUAACAUUUCCACAAGGUGAGGAUGAGCAUGGGGGAGCUACAUAAUUAUCUUCUUUAAAACGUGUAGCCAAUAUUUUUUGUUGUUGACAUUCGUCCUUCUCAAAGAGGCGAUGGUGUGGUUUUGUGAAGGACACCAUCGCAAGGGCUGGGGUUUUUAAUUCUGGAGAAUAAGCUGGUCCCCAGCUGUAGUCCUUAUAAAGUCUAUGCGUACGUGUUAUUAUUACCAACUGAAUAAUAUAUAAAGAUAUGUCUCGUUGAGCAUUCCAAAAUACACGUUUCAGUUUAACUAUAACUGUCACGUAAGGCCUAACUAUAAAUGACAUCAAUGGGUUAACUAUGAUUUUCACGUAAGGGCUAACUAUAAAUGACAUCAAUGGGUUAACUAUGAUUGUCACGUAAGGGUUAACUAUCAGUGAUACGUAAGUGGAGAGAUGGUCAGAGUUUUACCAAUUGUUCCCCAGGUAAACUUUACACCCUUCUGCUGCUUGACGUCACCGAGGCCAAGAGGAACAUGUCAAUGCCAAACACAAUUUUACACUGGCAGGUAAAUGGUGGAUAUCACUUUUAUGUCAUAUCCAUCGAUCCAUCCACAAAUAAAUCCGUUCUUCCCUCCAUCAAUGCUUAAACGCAUACAUCCACAUCCAGUCAUUCAUCAAUAUCUCCAUCAGCCAUGCACCCAUCCAUUCAUUGGUGCAUACAUCCACAUCCAGUCAUUCAUCAAUAUCUCCAUCAGCCAUCCACCCAUCAAUUCAUUGGCGCAUACAUCCACAUCCGGUCAUUCAUCAAUAUCUCCAUCAGCCAUCCACCCAUCAAUUCAUUGGCGCAUACAUCCACAUCCGGUCAUUCAUCAAUAUCUCCAUCAGCCAUCCACCCAUCAAUUCAUUGGGGCAGCUAAGGCAAAUGGAAUCCGGGGCGUGCCAAUAUUUUUACCGCUGCUCUUCUAUGAAACUCUGCAGUGGGUCGGAAACGCCCCCCCCCCUUUUUCCAUAAAGAUUAAACGUGUGCCUCCUGGGGAUAACAUACCCCUCCGCCACUGUCAAUAGCUUAACACUUGAUCAAAUGUUUCUACAAGAGAAUGUCUCAUUGUCCCCCUCCCUUCCUACACCCCUGCAUCCAUCCAUUUGCAUAUCCAUCUAUUUAUCCAUCCAUUAACUUAUCCGCGCACCCGUUUGGCUAUAUAUUUUUACCACCCGGAUCCCCAUCCAUGAUCAGUCAUUAACAAGAUAAGAUAAGAUGAGAUGAGAUAAGAUUAUUUUCUUGAUCUAAAAAAAUGUAAAUGUCUUUUGGUUACAUUACACUUAUUCAUUUUCAUCUUAUUACGUAAAACAUUUUGAUUGAGAGAGAAUCUUUUUUUAAAAACCAAAUCAAUUAAAAUGUAAAACAUUGCAUUAACGUAUAUAUUAAGCGCAAACAAGCCACCCGGUGUCAUCAAACCUCACUUCAGUAUGAUAUUUAUGACUUCAAGAGCAAUUAAUCCAUCAAUCCAUCCAUCCACCCAUCGAUCCAUCCAGUCAGUUCUCCAACCAUCCAUACAUUCAUCAUUCCAUCCAUCGAACUAUCCAUACAUUCAUCUAUACAUUCGAGCAUUUAUCAAUCAAUCCAUUCAUCCAUCUAUCAUGCCAUCUAUCCAGCCACCCUUACGUUCAUCUAUAAAUCCGUCCAUCCAUAUAUUAAUCCAAGCAUCCAUACAUUCAAAUUUACAUCCAUCCACACCUGUUCAUCCAUCGGUCCACCUGUUCGUCAAACCUAGUCACAAACAUGAUGAGACCAAAUUACCCAGGUGACAGUUCAAGUCCCAACCAAUGUUUGACUCAGUCAUCCACCGAAUUACACGUGCAUUAACACACACACACACACACACACACACACACACACACACACACACACACACACACACACACACACACACACACACCACACACACACACACACACACACAAAAACACACACACACACACACACACACACACACACACACACACACACACACACACACACACACACACACACACACACCACACACACACACACAAACAAACACAAACAAACACAAACAAACACAAACAAACACAAACAAACACAGCGACACACACACACAUCGACCGUCGGUAUGCUUGGAUUAACUACAUCCGCCAACUAAGCAGAAUGCGAUUAAUGUCUCGUUCAAUGAAUUCAUCGGUUAUCAAGCUAUGUUCAGUGUCUCCUUCCCUUGACAGGCAGGUUCUCAAACCACGUUAAUGUAUCCCCCUUAACACGCAGGUGGUGAACAUCCCGGGAGACGACGUGUCCAUGGGAGACACGGCCUUGAACUACAUGCCCCCAUUGCCCAGAAAUGCCACCGAGACACGAGACCUCCUGUUCCUGCUGCUGAGGCAGCCCUCCAAGGUGGACCCCGCCGCCCUGUGGUCAUACACGGGCCCUGGAUGUGAUUCAAAGACCAACCUAAGGUACAAAAAAAAAAAAAAAAAAAAAAAAAAAAAAAAAAAAAAAAACAAAAAAAAAAAAAACCAACCAAAGGAAAAAAAAAAAAAAAAAAAAAACAACAAAAAACAACAAAAAAACAAAAAAAAACCUCCAGCGUUUAUGCAAUUUCGUAGUAACACAUAUUUGUCUUAUACAUAUUAUACUAAACAUAAAUAGCCGGAGUGGUAUUUCAAAGAACGGUUCUAGUGGACAGCAUUGACGGCCGAAUGGUAAAACUAUAUCGGCCCUGCCGGCCGAAUGGUAAGACUAUAUCGGUGAUACCGGCCGAAAGGUAAAACUAUAUCGGUGCUACCGGCCGAAAGGUAAAACUAUAUCGGUAUAACCGACCGAAUGGUAAACUAUAUUGGUCCUACCGGCCGAAUGGUAAAACUAUAUUGGUGCUACCGGACGAAUGGUAAAACUAUAUCGGUGCUACCGACCGAAUGAUAAAAUUAUAAAGGUGCUACCGAGCUGACCACUUCCUUAGGUGUAGUUGCGAAAUCCCCUUAAUAAAACAUCAAAAAAUGAAAGUUUUUAAAGCAUUAUUUUAGGACGCAAUUUGAAUAUCCCGACGAUACGACAUGAUAAUUUUUUUUUAAUUCAACGUAAACGUUAUUAUUUUUUUAUUAGGUGGUUUUAUAUAGCGCAGUACCCCAGCCUAGGGCUAGGUCCACUGCACAUCACAUACAAAUUAGCAGUUACAUUUAAAUACAAAAAUUGGUGAAAAGCUUGACCUCCCCCACCCAAGUACUGUCUAUACCCCUGUCUAGCCAUGGACAACACCCAGCAGAAUCGAGCGUUGUUUAUCAGUCAGACGGGAGUGGUUUAGAAAGAAUCGGUAUAGACUAGUAGAGUUUGAAGAGAUGGGUCUUGAGGGCAGUUUUGAAGGCUGUGAUGGACGUGUGUUAUUUUCUUUACUGUCUUUUUUUUUUUUUAAAAUUUUAAUGUACCGUUAUAUGUGGGUGAACCACAGAAAAAAGUCUUAAGGAGUGCGCUCUUUUGAAGCGAUAGCGCCAAAAUUAUGGAACAGAUUGCCUCAAUCUUUGAGGGGAAUUGAAAAUGAAAAAAAAAUCAUUUAAGAAACAUUUUAAAAACUUUUUGUUUAAAUAGAUUUAAGAAAACCAGAGCGCAGUGAGCAUGCUAAAGUGGCAUGGAUACCGGCGCUAUAGAAACAUCCAAUCAAUCAAUAUGUGCGUCCGUGUGUCGAUACGUUACUAUUGUUAGUUCCUUGGCCCUAUACCUCAAACCCUUCGAACAUACUUUUCCGUGUGAUGUAUAUUUCCCUGUCUGUAUUUGCAGAAAGACUUUUUACAGAUAGUACUUAAACAUUAAAAAAAAAAAAUUAGAUAAGUGGGGGGGGGGGGAAAUCCGCCCCCAGACUUUCAUUGUAUUGGUGAUUUGUAUCCUUGUAAGUUUAUUUGGGUCUGAUUCGCCUUCACCCCCAGAUGUAAGUUCAACUUGGGCAAGUUCAUGAACUACCUGAACCUCAAGCUGGCAGGCCUGACGCAGUUCAGCAUUGUGCAAGACCCGUUCACAAGGGCGGUAAGCAUUGAAAGGGCAUUAAAAGGGCAUUGAAAGAGCAUUUAAAGAGCAUUGAAAGGGCAUUGGGCAUUGAAAUUGUAUUGAAAGGGCAUUGAAAUUGCAUUGAAAGGGCAUUGAAAGGGCAUUGAAAGGGCAUUGAAAGAGCAUUGAAAGGGCAUUGAAUGAACACACCGAGCAGAGCCACACACCUUCUUCUUACUUUUGGAUAGUGGCCAUAAUAUAUUAGUGGAUUUUAAAUAUUAGUGGACAUUAUAUAUUAGUGGACAGUGUAUAUUAGUGGACAUUGUAUAUUAGUGGACAUUGUAUAUUAGUGGAUAUUAUAUAUUAGUGGAUAUUGUAUAUUAGUGGACAUUAUAUAUUAGUGGACAUUUAUAUUAGUGGACAUUGUAUAUUAGUGGACAUUGUAUAUUAGUGGACAUUAUAUAUUAGUGGACAUUAUGUAUCUGGGGUGGACAAGCACAAGAUAAAAAAAUGGAGCCGUUAGCAAUACUUCAUUAUUAUUUUUUUAUGGAACAACUCAAUAUUUUUAGGACACAAAAUUAAAUAUAUUCAAUUGUAUCUUUCAGAAAUUAAUACUAAGUAGAGGGAUAACUCUGCGGGUUUGCUUUUAAAUUCUACAAAAAGAAUUUUGCAAUGCAAUUUCAGUGGCACAGUUUUAUAAAACUAUUAGAGAAAUUAAAAAAAAAAAACUUGCUUGUCCAAUCAGAGCCGCAGCUAACAAGACAAUGUGCUACAAAUGGCUCUGGGUGUUGCAUAUGGCUCUGAGUGCUGCAUAUGGCUCUAAGUGCUGCAUAUGGCUCAGGAUGCUGCAUAUGGCUCUAAGUGCUGCAUAUGGCUCUGAGUGUUGCACAUGGUCCUGAUGCUGCAUAUGGCUCUGAGUGCUGCACAUGGCUCUGAGUGCUGCAUAUGGCUCUGGGUGGGUGCCGCAUAUGGCUCUGAGUGCCGCAUAUUUCUAUAAUAUUCAGUUUCUAAAAAAAAAAGUACAUUUGACACCAUCAACUUGGAACACCUGACGCAAACAACAACAACAAAACAACAACCACAACAAAACAGCUACUUUUAAAAGGGCAUCUACUUAAAUUACACACGAGUAUGCCUUAAUUCUGACCCAUCUCAAUAUCGAAAUCCCAGGUGCUCUACGGAUCCGUCAAACUAGGUCAGAUUGCGUCCUCCAUGGACGAGUACGAGGUCAUGGGCUCCGCCGACACGACACCGGAACUGACGAUAGACCAAGCCUGCGCAGGCGCAUCGGGAUACGCGAACCCGUGCCCGAGUUCCUGCAGCACCACGAACCCAGGAGUGACCAACCCCGGGGGCGCAACAACCCCUACGACCACCACAACGAUGAACCACGCUGGUCACGUGAUGAAUUAAUCACCACAGAUGGAACAAGGGAUCACUAUAUUGUUUUUAAAUUAUUAUUUUUUUUAAUCGAAUGAUUUUGAAUGUCUGGUCUCAAAAAUGAAAGAAAAUAAUUAAUGAAAUUUGGGAGAAAAAAAUCAAUUCUGUGGAAUUGUUGACUGUGAAAUGUAGAGCGAAACAAUUAGCUAUAAUUUGCUAACAGAGAACAAAUUAAUCAUAAAAAGAAUUGACAUUUAGGAUCAUACUUUGAACAGUUUUUUAUUCAUAAGUUUUACGGAGAAUAACCAAAUACGUUACACUGUGUUCUUUCGUUGUUGUUUGAAUGCCCGUAUUUGCCCCGUGUGAUUUGUCAAGUUGGUUUGAGGAAGGACAUGGGGAAACAAAUGAAGUGUUACACUAAUCAGGCUCACGGCUCUGAACAUUCCAAAAUGGCUGCAGGCCAUUGUUUGACCCCGUCCCGUUAGCAUUCAAGUGCCACAUGCCCGGUCCCGUUAGCAUUCAAGUGUCACAGGGCCUGGUCCCGUUAGCAUUCAAGUGUCACAGGCCUGGUCCCGUUAGCAUUCAAGUGUCACAGGCCCGCUACCACAAGUUUUGAUUUUUUUUUUUUUUUUGUACUUAAUUUACCCACAAGAAUAGACAGUGGUGUUUUAGGAAUUUUCUUUUUGAUUUAAAACACAAAUAAAUUAGUUGAACCAUUGCUUUGGGCCUGGUCCCGUUAGCAUUCACGUGUCCCAGGCCCGCUACCACAAGUUUUGAUUUUUUUUUUUUUUGUACUGAAUAUACCCACAAGAAUAGACAGUGGUGUUUUAGGAAUUUCCUCUUUGAUAUAAAACACAAAUAAAUUGGAUGAACCAUUGCUUAUUCGUGGUUUAUUACGAUUAAUAUUGUGGCUAUGGCUGUUGUCAAAUUUUCUUGAUCGUGUGUGUAUAUAUGAACGACUAACAAAUGGAAUGUUUGAUAUUACCAGAAAUUAAAGAAAAUCUCUACCACUCAACUAA